UUUCUAUGGGGUUUCCUUUUUUUCUGAACCUCCCAAGGUCCGCGAAGGAUGAAUCCGAUGCUAUUUUCAAAUUAUUUCUGGUGGUUAAAGAGCUUUAUAUUCCCACUUUCCUACCUAUUCUGAGAAAUUCCUUACCUAUAAAUCCGACAAAAGUUUUUUUUAAUUUUUAAAAUAAAACCUUUUGAUACUUAAAGGCGUACCUUUUAGUGGGAUCUGACUAAUUAGCAGAUAAAUGAAUCUAUAUUUAAAUAUAUUAAUUAUUUUAUUAUUUAUCCCAUUAAAAGUAUUUUGUAAAAAUAACGACAAAAUUCAAAAGGAAAAUAAGAAUCUUGUUUCUGUACAAACUCUGACAGGCAAAAUUAUUGGAAAAGUUGAAAAAAUUGAAAUUGAAUCGGGGCAAAUAAUGAAUGUAGAUAUUUUCUUUGGGAUUCCUUAUGCCGAGCCGCCUGUCGGAAAUUUACGAUUUGAGGUAUUUUUUGAGGUAUUGAAUGAGGGUGGGGAUUAUAUCUGGAAAUUUUAA